AGCAUCUCCAGGACGGGCUUCAGAGGGACUCAUUUCCCUUCACUCUGCACUCCUCUCUUUGCCCUUCUUCGCUAGGCGAUUCCUCUCCUCUUCAUCUUCCCCUCUCUUUAGAAAGGAGCAGCCAUGUAUGUGCAGAGGGACACGAAGUCCUCUGGAGGCAGCAAAAAGAGCUUUAGCUCCCACUCUGCCGUCGGGACAAGUGGCGGACUGGGAAACCGAGGCAGGAGUUGCUACAGCGUCUACUCUUCCUCCGGGGGCCAUGGAGGUGGUGUCCGCGGUGGAGGUUUUGGGAGCAGGAGCAUGUAUAACGUAGGCGGCAAUAGAGCCAUUUCCAUGGCGAGCUGUAACACUGGAGGAUACGUGUGCAGAGGUGGCUUUGGGGGUGGGGCUGGUGGGUUGUGUGGCGUAGGCGGAGGUGGAGGCGGAGGAGCCGGUGGCUUUGGAGGGGGUGUGUGUGGCUAUGGAGUAGGCGGUGGCUUCGGAUUUGGUGGACCUGGCGGUGGACCUGGCUUCCCUGGAGGGCCUUGCAUGCCUGGCGGGGGGUUCCCUGGAGGGCCUUGCAUGCCUGGCGGGGGGUUCCCUGCAGGGCCUGGCGGGGGGUUCCCUGGAGGGCCUUGUGGGGGGUUCCCUGGAGGCAUCCAGAACGUUCAAAUUGACUCCAGCCUCCUGAAGCCAAUCAAUGUGGAGAUCGAUCCUCAACUCCAGCAAGUGAAAACAGAGGAGAAGGAGCAGAUCAAAACCCUCAACAACAAGUUUGCAGGCUUCAUCGACAAGGUCCGGUUUUUGGAACAGCAAAACAAAGUUCUGCAAACCAAGUACGACCUCUUACAACAGCAAGGCGGAACAAUCAAAUGUGACCUGACGCCUUACUUUGAGAAAUAUAUAAUGAACCUGAAGGGAGAGGUGGAGAAAAUUAAUAAUCGGAAGCUGCAAUACCAGUCCGAGUUGGAGGACUUGCAAUCAUAUGUUGCCGACUUCAAGAAAAAGUACGAAGAUGAAAUCAACAAGCGCACGGAAGCCGAGAACGAAUUUGUGCUGCUCAAGAAGGAUGUGGAUUCUGCAUACUUGUCUAAAGUUGAGUUGGAAACCAGGGUGAAUUGUUUGACUGAUGAAAUCAACUUCUUGACGCACGUGUAUGAUAUAGAGAUUAAUUCGCUGCAAACUGUGAGUCGGGACCUCUCCGUGGUGGUCAACAUGGACAACAACAGGAGUCUUGACAUGGAGGGGCUCAUCGAGGAGGUCCGUUGUCAGUACGAGGAGAUCGCGAGGAAGAGCAGAGCCGAGGCGGAGGCGUGGUACCAGAGCAAGUACGAAGAGCUGCAGAGCGCAGCCGGGAAAUACGGCGACAGCCUGCGUAACAGCAAGGCGGAGAUCCAGGAGCUCACGAGGAACAUCCAUAAGAUGCGGGCAGAAAUUGAGAGUGUGAAGAAGCAGAUUGCCCAACUGCAGACAGCCAUCGCCGAUGCUGAGCAGAAGGGCGAGGCGGCUCUCGAGGAUGCCAAGAAGAAACUGGCAGAGCUGGAGGCCGCCCUGCAUAACGACAAGAAGGAUCUGGCGAACAUAAUGAAAGAGUACCAGCAGGUUCUGGGCAUCAAAAUGUCCCUAGAUGUAGAGAUCGCCAUGUACAGGAAACUGCUGGAAGGAGAGGAGUGCAGGCUCGCCGGAGGUGGCCAGUCCAACGUGAGCGUCUCUGUGGUAGGCAAGACCUGCGUUGCUGGAGGCGGCGGCGGCGGCAUGUACGGAGGUGGCAUCUGUGGCGGCGGCGGCGGCGGCGGGGUUCUAGGCUUAUGGUACAAGAUUGAAGAGGUCUCUGGUGAAGAACCCGAAUGA